CUACCAAGAUUUAAAAGCUAUUUAGCGUUGGCAUGACGCUGGCAUUUUUGGUGUCGCUAUGUCUUUAAGGUUUCUAGGAUACGCAACACAUGCUCCUUUACACUUCCGCGAUUUAUUCAAGGAAGAAAAUACCUGGAAAAGACUCGAACAAAGCUUAGAUAGUGAUCUAUAGCCAUAGCCAUGUGUCUUUCUAUGUAUAUGUCUAUAGCUCACCCUUUCUGGGUUAGUCUGUAAAACAGACGCGUGUUCUUGACAGUUGUCAUAUGUCUUUGGCACAUUCAUAGCCAACUCCUGACAUUCACAAGCAUCGGUAGACUGACACAUAGGUCAUGCUGAAUUUAGUCAGAUACGUUUUUUUCACUUUGGUUUAAAUUACCAAAUAUAUGACAGUUCGGACUAUUACUCUAGCAAGCACUAUCUACAACAUUGUAGGUCUAUAAGGUGCAUUUCCCCCCAGAUCACCUGUGAUAAUGUCCCUGCUAUUUGCCUCGCUGCCCGUGGUGGUCAUAGUGACAGUACGUUACGGGGCGGAGUUGUUAGCUUUCUGCCGACAGCUGUUCACCCAAGCUGUGAAGCUCACCCGUGGGACAGUGAGCAUAAACAAGACCCAUGCCUUUGUUUUCUCCAAUUGCACUCAUGGACAAGUUGACAGUGUGCUGGAGACUUUCCACCUGUAUGACCUCACAUAUCCCUCGCUGUGCAUUGGCCAAGUUAAAGGUGAGUUUCUUGAUGAGGUAGUGAGUCGUGCCACCCCACAGUGGGUGCUGGAGUUGGGGAUGCAUUGUGGGUACUCGUCGGUCCGCAUCCUCCGUCUGUUGGGCCCCGCUGGAAGGCUGCUGACCGUAGAGCAGGACCCCGAGACGGCUGAUAAAGGGGAAGAAAUCAUCCUAGUGGCGGGCUUCAAACACCCACAGUUUCAGGUGUUGGCGUGCCCCUCAGCAGAGGCUGUUACGGGGAUACAGGCCCGCUUGGGUGUUGCCCAGCACCUGGACAUGGUUCUGAUGGAUCACGACACGGGGCAGUACCUAACGGACCUGCUGGCCCUGGAGAGGUGUGGCGUCCUCACCCCGGGUUGUGUGCUCCUGGUGAACCACGUCUUCUGCCUGAAGGGAAGACCCUUCCUGGAACACAUCCAGGCCCGGCCACAGUGCUACGCCCAGUGCAGGCAGCUACAGGGGAUGAUGGAGCUGACGUGGAACAGGGCGUCAGACGUGUGUUAGGGGGGUGAAGGAGCGGAUGGAGUCAUGGAUGGUACAACCCCAGACUGGUGUUUGCUGAUAGCAGUCUUCCCAGAGUGACUGCUGUCAGUGUUUGCUGCAAUAAAGCGAUUAGAUGCUGUGAAGUGAAAGCGUUAUGAAAUGGAGGUUUUAUGCUUCAUUUAAACAGUGAGGAAUGAGAAAAACAGAAAUGUUUUGUGUUUACAGUCAUUGCAUGGCUUGGCUGCUUUUUUAUGUUGUGUACAUUUAUAUGGAAAUGAUCUGUAAUGAUUUCAAAAUGAUUUAUGGGUGUUCUCGCUCAGAACUUCUGAGUGGGCACUAUCGCAAAGUGGAAUGACGUUCAUGACCCAAAACAAAGGGAAUUGUUUAUCAUGUUUUAUUUUAUCAAAAUGUUAUACAAAGAGUUUAUUUACAAAGUGCUGUAUGUUUGGAUAAUGGAACAAUAGCAAAUCUCAACAUUCCCGUGUUACUGAAAUCAUUACAUCUCUUACAAUAACUUAUAUAAAACAGUUCCAUAAAUGUU